UUUUAACCUAAAACAUGGCAUCAGGAGUUCCUCCUCAAAUAUGGGUGUAUAUCCCAAAUCAAACUACCCUGCUUAAUAUUUUACUAUCAGCGUUGUUCUGGGGAAUUAUCCAAAUGGUAGUAGCAAUAGUUUUGUUCAAUUCCCAGACUGAUCAUUUAGAGUAUUCGAAAAGGAAACCAAAGAAAAUGAGCAAAUUUGAAGUUUUGGAUACGAAAAACAGAUUUACCUCUCUCAUUCAUGGGAUAAUGUGAAUUUGUUUUAGCUAUUAUGAUGUCACAUACAUCAAAUUACCAUAUGGGUCUCCAAAUCAUCCAAUUCAGACGUUAUUAAUCACUCUUAGUCUUGGAUAUUUUAUUUAUGAUUUGAUAGCAAUGGCUUAUUACGGUGUUUUUGACAUUUGAUUACUAAUCCACCAUGGUAUCACUUGUUGUGGGUACUACCUCUCCCUUUGUUUUAGUGCUUCUGGUAGUGAGAUAAUGGCAGGAGUUUAUGUCUCUGAAAUUUCAAAUCCCUUCAUGCAUAUUUGGGUGAUAUGUCGUAAUCUUGGCUACAAACACACAAUGCUUAAUUCUAUUUCUCAAUAUUUAUACAUCCUGUUAUACAUAUACUAUCGACUGUUUAAAGGAAUUUAUGUCGUCUGGAACUGUUUUACCUGUCAGAACGGGAAUCACCCUAUUAUUAAAGCUUUAUCAGUAAUGCUGGCAAUCCAAUCUUACUUCUUUAUCUAUAAGAUGGCUAAUAUGUGUUGAAAUAAGCUGAAUUCUUCUAGACAUGCUAAUAAGAAGAGAGGGAAUUCAGUCUCUGAUUCUAGCGAAGAAACGACUGGGAAGAAAGAAGGCAUAAUGUGAUGGGCAGGCUGCGGAAACGGCGUUGAGUAAGGAUCAGUAUAACUUGGAGGCACAACGUCCAGAGUGGCAGCACAAGGAGGCUGACUGGAGGAACAAUUUUGUACUAAGAAAGUUUUAGU